CAGACGACGUGAUAUUCCCGGUGGGAAGAAACAUUUAAAAAUUCACCUGUGUCCGUUAACUUAACAUGAUUAAAUCGUGUAAUCUUAAAAUGUUUACAAGUAUAUUUCACGUAUAAAAAAGAAUUAUGGAUCAUUUAAUUAUCAUAGUGGCUGUAGUACAUUUAUUGUACUGUCCAUUCACAAAAGUGGAAGAAAGUUUUAAUUUGCAGGCCAUGCACGACAUCUUAUACCAUGGUUUUAACCUAUCGGAGUAUGAUCACCAUGAAUUUCCUGGAGUUGUGCCACGGUCAUUCAUAGGACCAAUUAUAAUAUCAGGCUUGGCAUCACCGCUAAUAACAACCAUUAAUUAUUUGCAACUUAAUAAAUUUUUUGCUCAAUAUGUUGUAAGAGCAACAUUGGGCUUAUUAAUAAUAGGUGCAUUAAAGCUAUACAGAGAUGCUUUACAAAGCAUCUUUGGUUUGCAAUUUACAAAAUGGUUUGUUGCAAUUACUGUAACCCAAUAUCAUUUCAUGUAUUACUUAAGUCGUCCAUUGCCAAAUAUAAUGGCAUUGCCAUUAGUACUACUGGCUUUACAUGGAUGGUUGAAACAAAAUCACAUGAUAUUUAUUUGGUCAUCUGCAGCAGCAAUUAUAAUGUUCAGAGCAGAACUUGCCAUGCUAUUGGGAUUAUUCCUUUUGUACGAUAUAGCCAACAAGAAACUAACCAUACCAAGACUGUUUAAAAUUGCCGUUCCAGCGGGUAUAUUUUUUCUAUUGUUAACGGUCACGAUAGAUUCUAUAUUUUGGAGACGAUUAUUAUGGCCAGAGGGAGAAGUAUUUUACUUUAACACUAUCCUUAAUAGGAGCAGUGAAUGGGGUACAUCACCAUUCUUAUGGUAUUUCUAUUCAGCUCUUCCACGUGGGCUGGCUUUAUCUUAUCUUUUAAUACCUUUGGGUAUGUUAUGGGAUGCUCGAGUUCGGGCACUAACAGUUCCUGGUAUUGUAUUUAUUGGAUUAUUCUCAUUUUUACCACACAAGGAAUUGAGAUUUAUCAUAUAUGUAUUUCCACUACUAAAUGUUAGCGCUGCUGCAGUUUGUCAUAGAAUAUGGGAAAAUAGAGCAAAGAGUCCAUGGAAUGGAUUUUUGGCACUGAUCAUUUUAAGCCAUCUAGUUUUUAAUGCUCUAUUUUCUAUGUUCCUUUUAUGUGUUGCUGGUUCUAAUUAUCCUGGUGGUUUAGCUAUUGCUAAAUUACAUAGACUUGAAAAAGAUUCUCUUUACCCAGUGCAUGUACACAUUGAUAUUUUGACUGCACAAACUGGAGUUUCAAGAUUUACACAAACAAAUAAUUCUUGGAUUUAUUCAAAACAAGAAAAUUUGACAAUCGACAGUCCUGAAAUGCUUCAAUUUACACACCUUUUAAUGGAAGCUAAAAGCAAAUAUUCACCUAAUAUAAAACCAUAUCUUAAAACUCAUGAUAUCUUGGAUUCUGUGGAUGGUUUUUCUCAUAUAGCAUUAAAUUAUAAUAUAUUACCACCAAUAAAAAUAAAAACUAGGCCAAUUAUAUUUAUCAUGAAAAGAAAGCCCAAUAUUCAGUAUGACCCCAAAAAAGCAACAUUACAAACUUAUUUAAAACAAUCAAAUGAAAGUUUUAUAGAGAAAAGAAUAGAGAGAAGACAUAUCAUAAAUGACACUGUAAAACACAUGGAACCUAUAUUAGACGAAAUAAUGGAAUCAUUAGAACAAUUUGAAAAACCACUAAACAUUAAUUAUGUAAAUGUAUUUGAUACAGAAGUACAGGAUACAAUAAAAUUAGAGAACAUAACAUACGAUUCUACUGAGUUCGUUGAAUCAUUAAGCAUAGAAGAAAUACCUAAUAUCUUAGCUAAAAAUAAUUUAUCACAUUUAGAAACAUCAACAAAUGAAGAAAAACUGGAGAUCAUACCAAAGUUAGAAGAUCACGUUAUGACUGAAAGCAAUCUUAAAUUACAGACUGAUGUUGACAAUGAUUUCAAUAUUAGUGAACAAAAAUUAGAAUUAAAGAAAGAAGAAAACGAAAAACCAGAAGUUACUAAAGAGAGAUUAAAAUUUGGAAAUGCUCAGCAAGAUACUAGUACUCUAAAAGAAGUUGUUAAAAAAAUUAUUCAAGAAAAAAUGGAAGCAGUUAAACAUAAAAAAGAUGCAAUGGAUGAAAAAGCAUUACCAGAAAUUCCACAAAAAAUUAAUGCUAAAAUGAAAAGAAUAAUUCCAAUAAAAACAGAGUCACCACAAAAAAUAAAGAUUAUAACAAAGCAGGAAUUGAAAGAGAAAUCUGUAUCGGUUCAAGAAUUAAAAGAGAAAUCUACAGUAAUUCAAGAAGUAAAAGAAAAGCCUGCAAUAAUUCAAGAAAUAAAAGAAAAACCCACAGAAAUUCAAGAAACAACAAAUGAAUAUAAACCAAUUAACGUAAAAGAAAGCAUUAGAAAUAUAAUCAAUCAAUUUAAGGAAUUUGAAAAAGACUUUGUACAUGAAGAUUUGGAAAUAAAUAAAAGAGAAAUACAUGUUGAAUAUAAUGAACAAUCUAUAGAAGUAAACACAAAACCCGCAGAAGAUUCCCCAAGUGUAGAUAUAGCGACAGAAGUUAUGGGUACAAAAAUAAUCAAAGAUGCCAAAGAAAGCUUAAAAGAUAUAAUAUAUCAAUUUAAACAGAUAAAAAAUGAAUUGACUUCAGAAGAAGACGAUGAGUUUGAAAAGAUAGAAGCUACAUAUAUGGAACGACCAAUUGCAGAGACAUUAAUGCAGUUUAGUGAAGCUUUAAAAAAUUUAAUACAACGAAGAAAAAAAAAUAAAAUAUUUGCUAUAAACCCUUUUGAAAAUAAAAGGGACAUGCCUAAGCUACAAACCACAACAAAAAUAACAGCAGAAGAUCUUCAAUUUCCAAUAGAAUCUUCAAAAUAUUCAAAGGUGCAAGAUUAUGAUAAUGAUAAAAAAUUAUAUAGUACAGAGAAAGUAGAGAAAGUUAUUCAAAACAUUAAUUCAAAAGACAGCUCAAGCCCAGGUACAAAUAAAGUUUUACAAGAAAAAUAUUUUAUGACGCAUACCAAUAGUAAAAACAUCCCAUUAAAUGCUCAAAAAUCUACAAAUAGUGUUUCAAAUAAUAUAGGAAAUAACUAUGCUUUCAACGAAAAAAACGAAACAACACGAAAAAAUGUUGGAAAUAGCUCAAAUGAUUAA